AUGUCGCCGGGCGUCGCCGGCGCCGAUCGCACUGUCGAGGUCUUUACGCGUCAGAACCUCUACGCCAAGGCCGUCACCGCCGCGGCCGCCGCCCUGGCCGUCGAUUCGCACAUCGCCGAGGAGGCGGGGAACCCUGGCAACGGCCGCAUGAACAAAGUCAUCUGGACACUGUGGGAGGAGGACAACAGCUUGUGGCAUCGGUGGUUUCCCCCUUUCAGAACAAAGGAGCUCCCUUACGUUGUGCGUCGAGCACAUCAAAGCUGGCGACAGCACAAUCCGUCGUGGAACUUCACCGUGCUCAGUGGUGCUACAGUGGGGCGGUACAUGGAUGCAUCAAAGUUGAAGUCCACAAUGACAAUCCAAGCCAAGAGCGACAUGAUCCGACUUAAUCUUCUCAACAACCACGGUGGUGUGUGGGUGGACUCAACAAUGCUAUGCAUGAUGCCACUUGACAGCUGGAUUUGGAGUUACCUGACCACGCGCGAUUACUUCAUGUUCGGCCAAAGCCUCUGCUCGUGGUUCAUCGUGAGCAAGCCACACUCUCAGCUCAUCUCACGGUGGGUCACGCAGGCAGAUCUGUAUUGGGCGAAUCGCACAACCCCGAGUGGCGCGGUGGGGCACAAACAGGACUACUUUUGGAUGGACGGUACUUUGAUCGAUUACAUGAUACGUCAUCCCAAAUUCAGGGAGCGCCUCGAGUCGCGCCCUUCGCUGCCGUGUGGCGGUGAAUGCUCACCGCACAUGGUUUUUAGUGGUUCGCAUUGCAGCGAAGACUAUCCCCAAAAGAAGCUCUCGCCGAUGGUGAGCAGAUGCAUCAAACUGGGCACACUGCCACCUGCAGUCAAGCUGACGUACAAAAGAGGCUGCGGCAAGGCGGCGGUUACUGAGGCGAGUCAAGGCACCAAUGCUUAUGAGCUCAUCGAGGCUUCCUUUUCGCGACGAGGAAAUUUCUCUUCCUAUCACUUGUCAUAUCACAUGUCAGGCCAGGUCACGGGAGCGUCGGGACGGGGAGGGAGGGGGGUCGAUUCGCGGCAUUGGGGGCGAGGCGAGAGACGCUCGGCGACCGACCGGCAUCCGAGCAUGCUCGAGCCAACCCAGAGAGGAAAUUCGUAA